AUGAAGAACUCGAUCCUCGUAGCGGCCACGCUCAUCAGUGCGGCGCUAGGUCAAAAUGUCAGUCGCGGCGCUGCGAUGAUGCGCUUCGCAUGUUCUCAACUCACCGUCGAGCGGCUAGACCCCUUGGUCAACCCUGGAGUCGUUGGAAGUCCGCAUACGCACCAAAUCGUCGGAGGGAACAGCUUUCAGGCUGAAAUGAAGCCUGUGGAGUAUGAUCUGGUCGAGAAGAGUACUUGUACUACGUGUACUUUCAGCGAAGACUUCAGCAACUACUGGACUGCAGCGUUGUACUACCGCGCCUCUCAAAAUGGCACCUACAAACGUGUCCAACAGUUCCCCAAUCUUGGGCUAAACCAGAGAGGCGGUAUGACAGUGUACUACAUACCUCCAUAUGAUGGCUUCAGCAACGUGACUGCGUUCAGACCCGGUUUUCGCAUGCUCGCUGGUAACCCAAUUCUUCGCAAUACCACUGGCGAGUCCCGCGGUAUCUGCCAUCGCUGCAUUUACAAGGACUCACAGCCCUUUGGUGGCGCUCCGUGUACAGGAGAAGAUACAACGUUCCUCCCCAACCGCAUGUGCGAAGGUGGCAUUCGUACCCAAGUCACCUUCCCUACAUGCUGGGACGGCGUCAACCUCGACUCGCCAGAUCACCAGAGCCACGUCGCAUAUGCAGAGAUCCCGUAUGAGCCAUACUUCCCGCCCAUGGCUACAUUUCCGUAUACACCCGAGCAGCAGAGGGGCAAGUGUCCAGAGGGCUAUCCCGUGCAGCUUCCGCAAAUCAUGUAUGAGGUCAUGUUCGACACGACCCCAUUCAAUACUCCUGAGCUGUGGGGCGAGGAGGGGACACAGCCAUUUGUGUUCAGUAUGGGCGAUGCGUGA